UCAGUGCUAUCACAUCUGACUUUCGCAGAGCUACCGACAGAGAAAGAGAAAAAGACGAGACAAAACGAACAGAAAAUGUACUCAAGAUCGAACAGCAUGACUCUGUCCAUCCAGUCCAGCCGCCAGGAGAGCUUCGCCUUCUCCACGAUGGCGGCUUCCCGGAGCAAAGAGCCGGAAAUCUUCACCUUCGAGCGGGUGCCGACCCAGGCCACCGCCGUGCGCUCUUACGCGCCGGUCCGGCCGAAGAAGCGCUGCACCCGGGUCAUGUACCCUGCCAAAGUCCGCAUGUACCUUCCACCAGCGGAGAAAAGCCCUGCCAAGCGCUGGCUGGUGAUCCUGUGCCUGGUGGUGCUGUGGCAGAUCUACACCGAGGAGCCCUGCGUGGAGACGCCGCUGGGCAGCGCUGACAGCCCGGUUGGCGACUACCAGGUUCUUCCCUUCCAAUCCGCGGAGGAGCAAGCGAGGCAGCUCACUGACAGCGCCGCCUCCGAGGGUCUCCCUGUGCCAGUGUCAGGCUGUAAGGGCAGAGUGGCCGGGCACAGCAGCUCCUCCUGGGAACAGAUCCUCCUGAACACCACCUGCCCCAGCCCCAGCCUGGAGACGGAGAUCAGCCGCAUGUACGAGCAGAGCACACGGAACGGCUACAUGGUGGCCCUGCUGGUCUACCACAGGCUGGGCAGUGAUAACUGAAGAGACCAUGACUGGUUCAGGA